AUGGCCGUGCAACCAGAAGCACCUCAACUCCCUGCAGAUGCCAAGGACCCUGUCUCCACGUCACGCUGUGAAACAGACCCUGAGGCGCAAAGUGCUACGCCAGAUGCUCAAGAGGUCGAACAAAACAUUGCAGCGGAGGACCAGGAUGGGCUACGUGAUAACAGCAAUGUCCCCCACCUAUCCUUGCUACAGUUAUUCUGGUUUUUCUUCUACAACUUUGGCCUAUUUGCCUGGGGUGGACCGGUCGCCCAGAUUGCCUUGAUCAAGGAGCGACUUGUAAUCCAGGACAAAUGGAUUACCCUGCCUCGCUUCCAGCGAGUCUUCUCAGUCUAUCAGAUUCUACCGGGUCCAGAGGCUGCGGAGCUCUGCAUGUUCUUCGGUUGCCUGUCUGCUGGUCGUAUCGGCGGAAUCGUGGCGGGACUUGGCUUUAUCCUGCCUGGAUUCCUCUUGAUGCUCCUCGCCUCGUAUCUGUAUUCACUUGCCGGGUUCGAGAAUGUUUACUUUAAUGCCUCUUUCAGAGCCAUUCAGCCAAUCGUCUCCGCCAUGAUCCUGCGAGCCACGCACAAAAUCGCUGAACAUUCUGUUAUUGACAAUGCCACCCGCAAAACAAACCCGUUCUUGGUCAUAGCGGCACUUUGCACAGCGCUUAAUAGUGCGCUUCAUAUCAACAUUUUCAUAUCUCUUGGGCUUUAUGGGGUGAUCUACUCUUUCGUUGCACGCCGCAAAUGGAUUAUCGCCGGUGCAUUAUUCAUCCUCCAAUAUGUCGCCUACGCCAUCUACGUUGUCUUCCGCGGUGUCCCGUCCGCCGUGUCUCUCGCCCUCGGCAUCGCCCAAACGCCUAGUCUGCCCAACCUUUUUACACUGGGGCUGGUGGCCGGAAGUUUAUCUUUCGGUGGUGCAUACACUGCGAUUCCGUUCAUCCAAGUUGAAGCUGUGUUGAAGGGUGGCUGGCUACCAGCGAAUAUUUUCCUGGAUUGCAUCGCCAUCGGCAAUAUUUUGCCCGCGCCGCUGGUCAUCUUCGCCACGUUUGUCGGAUUCCAAGGCGGGCUGGCUGAUGGUGGCCUGGGCAUUGCGUUUUCAGGUGCAGUGGUCAUCACGAUUGGAAUGCUUGCUCCAUGCUUUAUUUUUACCAUCGCUGGACAUGACCUGUUGGAGAAACUUGUUCGCAACAAGUUUCUCUCCGAUUUCUUCGACGGGCUUUGCGGCGCAGUUAUUGGAGUCAUCGCCAUCAUCGCCGCACAAACCCUGAAAUCCAGCGUCGAAGGGACCGAGAACCGCGAAGGCAUCGACGCGACUAGAGCUGUGGAGAUUCUCGCCAAAAGUGCCCCAUCGGCUGUGCUUUACAUUCUUGCGUUGGCGGUCUUGUACAAAUUUACAAUUAAAUACACGCCAAUUCUGCUGGUGGUGGUUGGGGCUCUCGCGGGGCAAUUCCUGUUUGUUUGA